CCAAUCCAUUUGCUGGUCAGAACAUUGGUCAUCUCCGUCUAGCAGUAGUCGGUGACAGUGGAAUAGGAAAGACGUCCUUUGCAAGACAGUUCAUCGAGACUCUUCCAGAGGUCCUCUCUCACGACUGGGAACGACGAAAGAACUCUCGUCGUACAAUUAAUGGCAGUAGUGACAGUAAAAACGAAGACGAUACAAAGGACAUGGAAAACAUCCAGAAUGGGAACAAUGAUAGUAAUGACAACCAGGAUGACGACGAUGAUGAUGAUUAUAUUCGGACUGAGGCUCUGACUGAAAAGUUUGCGAGUACAAUGAUGGAGAUUCCUUGGGACAAUAUGGAUGCAGAUGAUGAGGUCCCUGCACGUAAUCUCGUCUUUCUAGACACCCCUGGAUAUGGAAGUGUAGUCGAUGCUCGGACCAACUUUGAUCUCUUUAUGAGUUAUGUGAGCCAGACAUUUGAAGAGAAAAAUCGCAAGAUCUCACCGUUUAUUGAAGUCAGCAACAAUGAACUCAUGCGGUCUUUAGUGACGGGUGUGGGCGCUCACAGAUUUAUUGACGUGUGUUUUUAUAUGAUUCUGCACCGUCUCAAACCGACAGACGUGGAAUAUAUGCGGUUGAUUUCUGAGAAGGCCAAUGUCGUACCCAUUAUUGCCAAAGUGGAUACACAAUCAGAGAAAGAAGUUCAGGAACUGAAAGUCCAUAUUUUGAAAACAUUGAAGGAGCAAGGCGUACCGAUUUAUACAUUUAGGAUCGAUUACGAGCGCUUGAUCCAUAUGGCCGAAACUGGAGUUGCGGGUGGACCACCUUUUGCAGUAUCUAAUGUUCCUCCUAAACCAGUUUCGGAUGAUCCAGCGGAUCAGAUCCUGUUUAAGCAUGGAGAGAAUGAACUACCAUUGCUACGGAAACUGGUUUUGGAGACACAGAUCACUAAUAUCCGACAGUUCACAGUGAAGAAGUUUAUCAACUGGCGUGGAAAGCAACCACAGCAACAACAACAACAACAACAACAGCCAUUCUACCAGCAGCAAAUCCCAUUUCAACAGCAACAGCACCAAUAUCAACAACAGGUGAUCCGGUAAACAAAAGUAAGAAAAGAAAAAGAAAAUAAAGAAAAGACCGUUUAGAAAUUAUAUCAGCAAAACAUUAAUGGGG